GAUAACAUUAUGAUUAAUAUUGAAGAAGAAAAUCCUGAGGACCAGCAUGCAACUAUCCAACAAAUGUUAGAAGUACUAUUGGAGGAUUUUGUUCAGGAGUGCGACCAAUCAGAAGAUAGUUCUAGCAAUGAUAAUCACUCAGAUGAAUCUACAAGUGAAAAAAAGUUUCAACUAAAAAACUCUAAGCGGCGACAAGGCAGAGGACGACCUCCAGGUACCAAGAAAAUUAAAGCAUCACAUGAAAAUCCUGGUACUACCAAAAAAAAAGAACUUGCAAAAAAUGCGGUG